GGCAACUGAAAGAGUGAUUGUUUUCUUGAAGAAGUGGAAGCUGCGAUUUCUGUUUCUAUCCUUGGGCAAAUAUUUCAUCCAAAAAAUUUUAAGAGCCGUGGGUAUAUUGUAAUUUCCAACCUUAGUCAAAACAAGAUUAUUUCACGCCUUGAUUGUUACCAUGGAUUACGUAGAUUUCUGAAUAAUUCAUAGAGCGAGGGAAGAAACAAAAGCUCACCUUGGCGGGCACCGAGCGACGAACAUCUGUUAGCCUUACAGAUAAAAGCACAAAUGCCGGACAGCGAAAUAACAAGAAUUACAGGGACGACUGCGAACGGAUUCCUUUCGAAGAAUCUCCAGCCAAAAUAUAAAUACAUUGAAGACCCUGCCGAUGUCGUAUCACUGACUUACAAAAAUCAAUUCAGUCAGUUUAACGUGAAAUAUCACGAACUAAAAGUGAUUGCAUCGCCGAUCUUCGGCCGUUUCAGUGGCGAACGAGUCGUCUUUCAAUAUGACUGGGACACAGUUGUGGUAUCUACCGAAAAUAACUCAGUUUACGUCAUGUUUUUGCGAGCAGGGACUUCCCCAGAAAGUGUUCAACGAUUCUGUCUGAACUUUCUUUAUUCAAGCGACGCCGAGCGGAUUUUAAGGUAAGGUGUUAAUUUGUGUUUUUAUUUUCAAGCGAAUCUUUUGAUUCGACGAUCCAUUUAUACACUAAGUGUACAGCAGUGCAUUGUGUUUCUGAGACGUAGUGACAGAAAAUUUUAUUUGGUACAAAGAUUUCUUAUAAAGCUGAUAUUUACUAUGGACGGGAUUUAGCGAUCAGUGACCUCAGACUAUCGAUGCGUGACCGUAACCGUUCAAAGUCAUUAAUUUCAUUUUUUAUAUUCAUAUGAAUUUAUCUUGUUUCGUUUCAAAUCUGAAAUACUCAUUGCUUGAAAACUAGUUGCCUCUUCUGAUUAAAUUAGCGUUCUCUACUUUAUUUUUUCUUUCUUACCGCUUAACAUGGCAGCGUCAUAACGCGCGAAACAGAGAAACGCGAGAGGUGUCACAGUAUACGAGGCAAUAUAAAGGAUGAUUAGGGUGUUUUGUAAUGGUUCUGUUUUCGUAAGGAAAUCAACAGGUAUUUUGUAAGCCUAGAAAAUGUAUCGCUUUUGGAUAAUGAUGCGUAAAAGAGGACAGGGAACCCAUUUAUGUGUUUAGGGACGCGUUCGGAGUGCUCCAAUACGCGUGAAUGUAUGAGCUCAUUUUUAUUAGCUCCUCAACUUAUGUAAGGGACCGGUUAUUAUUUAUGUAGAGAAGCGAGGCGGGGGGGAGAGGAGGGAAAAAGAAGGGGGGUCAAGGCUAUUUCAGAUCAGCGAGGGGGGUGGGGUUAAACUGUUUCUAAAGAAGUUAAAGGGGGUCGGAAGUUUGAGGUAAAUAUUAAAAGUGGUCCAUUGCCCGUGGUGGGUGUUAUGCAAAAUAAACAUCUCAUGGUUGUAUGUGACUUGAAUUUCGAUAAUUACUUUUCUUUUUAAAUUUAUUUCAUGAUUUAUUCACAGAAUAUCCAAAUAAAAAAGAUGUGGCUCUUCAUCCGUGAACACCCCACAAAAGUACUAUCCAUAAAAAUUUAUAUACAUAUACAAUAAUCAAGAAAAAUUACUAGUAUUACAAAACUACUGAGUUACUGUGUAAUCUAUACAUUUUGCGCAUGUAUAAUAAAUGAAUGCAAAAGCGGUCUUAUUAAAGAAGGAGAGGUCUUACAAGGAGGCUAAAGCACGCGUUUUCAAAAAUGUUUUGCAGAGCCUACAGUGUUCUUUGGGAAUACUGUAGGCUAGUAAUACUGAGCCUACAGUACUACUAGUAAUACUGAGCCUACAGUAUUACUAGUAAUACUGAGCCUACAGUAUUACUAGUCAUAAAAGAGGAGAUAUGACGUGACGGGGAGGGGGUCAUGACAUAAAUAUUGGAUAAUGAAGGGGGCUCACUUUCUACAACCAUCCUGCAUGCAGUGACGGUAAGCGAACAGUGGCGCGGAAAACGUCAAGGUCAGACAGUGGAAAAAUUGAGGACUACCUGACAACCACACGUGCCCUUUGUUGCUUGUUUUCUUGUGACUAAGAGGCCGAUGAAUACCCAGAUUAAUAGAACUAACUUUGAAUCAACUCAUUAAUUAUAUUUCCAUAGGGAACAUAGAAUGAACGACGACGAGCUCAGCAUUACAUCAAACGUGGAAAGAGUGCCCGCACCUCUGACGGUGCAGUGUCUUAGGUCAGUUGUUAUCAACAUGGAACGCAUGCCCAAGAAGGAGCUCCAGUAUCUACCCAGUCCCUAUCGAGAGCUUUUUGUCCCAGACUCUUUCAUUCCGGUCAAGUUUAACCUUUGGCCCCGACAUGUAUUUGGGAAAGGAGAGAGUACAAUUCUGAUGGUGAAAAAAGAAAUGAUCAUCAGCGAAGUACUGCUGUUAUUAAGGCAAAAAUUAGAGCUCAAAAACGAUUUAGACGUGUGCUUGUUCAGAAGGAGCCUUCCGGUUGAAGAAGAUGAGGUUAUUAUGGAUGGAAAUGUCUACUAUGAUUGCGUCGUUUCACCAUCUUAUAGCCCAACAGCCAUUGCCAGUGCAGUGCAGCUCGAAAAGCAUCACGGGAACAUACGGGCAAGCCCUAAUAAGGAGGUAAGGACCAGAACAUUGCGUUUGAAUAAAGUGGAGUAAAAUUUUAAAACAAUUUCUUAAUUGUGAGAUUUUCCAUCUGGCGGUCUUCGAUACACGAAAGCUAAACAGUAAAAGGCGGAAAACCGAGGAAGGCUUGAAAAGGAAAUGAUCGCGAAUCGAGCUUAGCGUUCGCCUCUAAAGAGUUGAUAUGAUGUACUUGCGAGCAGACUGUCAGUAUAAGCGCUGAAGGACGUGCGUUUUCCCGCCGGCGGGAAGAUUUGAGUUGAGACAACUAGGCGAGUUCUGCGAAGGGUCUGGCACUAAUAGUUCUAGACCCUUUGCAGAACUCUUGGCGGCUCGCGUUGCCCAAGGCUCCAUUCCUUUCCACGGAUGAAGAAACGCGCCCGUCGAAAUGCUAAUGACGAGGAACUACUCGCAGGUUAGUGACACAUGCUAAGCAUUUUAUUGAAACUUAUUUAUUAAGAACAUUUCUUGUGAAUUCUUAAAGGUUAUUAUAGCAUCGCUGGUUGGAAGAGGAAUGAAAGAACUCCAAAUAAACAUGUCCCUUCCCCUCAGAUACCUAGACAUUCAGUUGCGCCAAAUGUUUCGACUCAAGCCGUGGAGUUUUCUAGUGCUGUAUCUUCCAAGCGAGGGCCGCACCAUAUUUCACGCAGGAAGGAUGAUUUACUCAAGUUACGAAGAGGAAUUUGCUAAGUUUCUUGUAUCCAACGGGAAGAGAAAUUUUCCAAAGCCAGACCGAGGCAUGGAAACAUUAAGAGUCAAAGAUAUGUACAAGGAAUGCUCAGCUUUCAAGAAAUCACUUCGUAACCAUGGAUUUCGCCCUGGAAUAUUGGUAGAGGUUUUCGAGGUCACUGGGCCAAGUGUCCCGGUUAUGUACUCUGGCGCGGUUACAAAGGCUCAAGUCCUUGACGUGAAUCCGGAUUGGUCGCUUCAGACAUUCCUGUAUUACGUCAAAGUGAAUACUCCACAAGCAUCGAAGAUUGAAUCUAUCGACUAUGUGAGAGACUACAAGAACGGCAAAAUGACGGAUAUUUUGAACAUGAUGAAGAAUCUGUGGAAUCGGCCUGAUCAAGGAGGUCGACUUGAGUACGUCAGGCUACGCAGCUAAAAAAAAUAACUAUGAAGUACCUUAUAAACCCACAACUGGCUGAAAAAAAUCAGUUGUUCAUAUUAAAUCUCGAAUGAUGGCGAAGUCGGUGAGCUCAUAGUGUCAACUGGUACUUCAUGGUCCAUCAGGUAUUGAAAUGACCUGGCAGAAUUGCUACUUUCUUUGCAUUGGAAAACAUUGUAUGGUCAUGCGAUUUUGUCAACCUGAAUUAAGGGCUGUUCUUCGGUCGUUUCGAUACAAAGUCAUCUCGAUACAAGUCGGUUCGAUACAAACAAAAGUCGAUCCGAUACAUCGACAACGUCGAUUCAAUACCUCUUGAAGGUCCUUAAACUCCUUUUUUCGGACUCCUGGACAGUUGGAAACAUCCUAAUUUAUCCUUCACUAGUUUUUAUCGAAGUGACAGAACUUGUAUCGAAAGGACUUUGUACGUGUAUCAAAUCGACUUUUCGAUUUAUUAAACCGACUUCAGUUUUUAUCGAAACGAGUUUGUAUCGAAACGACCGGACUCCGUGGGUAUCUCAGACUGAUCCGUUAGCAAGUAAUUAGAAUUUCGCCCAACAUGAAAGUUUAAACACGACGUUUGUUUAAAAUGAGGAAACUUUAUUAAUUGAGUACAAAACAAUUUUAUCAUUCCUUCUCCAGCCUCUCUGUUUGGCCAUCAGUCAAGCGAUUUCAAGGAGGGAUGGAUCACUUAUCUGUUAGAAAUGGAUGCAGAGACAUGUUACUACUGUCACAAAGUUUUCACAGUAUUGUUCUAAUAAGGAUACAAAUUUAAAAAACUUCACAUUAAACAAGCA